UUAUAUAUCACAUAAUAAUUAAUAAUAUGAGCAUACUGUGAUUCUACUAAUUAGAAGACGAAGAUAUAUUUUGCCGAAACUUUAUUAUAAAGUAUCAAUGCUCACUUUCUCCAGCUGUUUAGUGUUUUCUUGACAGAAAAUGUCCCAAAAAACCGGGAUAUGUUUCAUAUUUAUAUACAACAGAAGCUGACGAUAUUAAGGCACCUAGUAUGAUAAUAGAGCAGCAAAAUGAAGGGAAUAAAUAUUCACGUUAUGCCAAGAUGUUGUUUGCUGGAGGGAUUGCAGGGUGCUGCGCUAAGACCUUUGUGGCUCCACUGGACAGAAUUAAAAUCCUUUUACAGGCCCAUAACAGACAUUAUAAACACUUAGGUAUAUUGUCCACAUUAAAGCAUGUUAUAGACAGAGAAGGUUUCUUCAGCCUAUACAAAAGUAACUUUGCCCAGAUGAUACGCAUAUUCCCCUACUCAGCCAUACAGUUUGGCACAUUUGAGUUCUGCAAAAAGAAUCUACCUGGUAAGAUUGACCAUCCACACUUUCUUAAAUUAACAGCUGGAUCAAUAGCAGGGUUAGCUGCAGUUACAUGUACAUAUCCACUGGAUGUUAUACGUACUCGCCUUGCCUUUCAAACCACUGGAGAGCAUGUAUACAGUGGGAUCAGGGAUACUAUAUGGUCCAUCAAACGCAGUGAUGGGAUCAAAGGGUUCUACCCAGGAAUAGCACCUUCAUUACUGGGAAUGGCUCCUUAUGCAGGACUAUCAUUCUUUGCUUUCGAAACCCUAAAAGAAUUCUGCCUGCAGAAAUUCCCAGAUGUAUUUGGCUAUCCAGACCAGAAGGGAAACCCUGUGUUAAAGAUCUGGGCCAGAACUCUGUGUGGUGGUUUGGCUGGUGCCUUGGCUCAGACGGCCACUUACCCGCUGGACGUCACGCGGAGAAGAAUGCAAGUGGCUACCAUGCUACCCGAGGGUCAUAAAUUCAGGACUUUAAGACAGACGUUUAAAACCAUCUGGGUGGAAGAUGGUCUGAGAAAUGGUUUGUUUCGAGGCUUGACCAUUAACUAUGUCCGUGUUAUACCCACUGUUUCUAUAUCUUUCACAGUUUAUGAGACUUUAAAACAGAAGCUCAAUUUGGACACCAGCGUGAACAGUUGACCACUGUCUUGAUUUUAAGGGAUUAUGCUAUAGAUAAUCAACUAACAUGUGACUUAAACAGGUGUGUCAGCAUUGGACGACUACUUCAGCCAAGGCGCAGACAGUGAAUGGUCAUUUCUUUGGAAGAAGUAAUGCACACAUUUACCUAGCACAAGCAGGAUUGUGAUCAGCUGAGGCCAUCUCUUGGCUGUUUUCCUGAAGGCAUUACUUCAGUUGUGUCAGCAAUCACAUCGUCCCUGUGAAAGGAAUCAGACAGAUAUUUAUUGUAUACCGUCAAAUCUGGAUAUUGAAGGGGUGGCUUGUGUUGUGUAAGUGGUUGACUGUAUUUGAGCUGGCAAUGAACUGUACUUCAACUAAGACAGCUGAUAUACUAUUGCUUUAGAAAUAUCGAAACAUUAUUUGCCAUACACUGAAAUGAUUAUUGGAGUUGACUCAGUGGUUGGUCAGAUUAUAUGUCCACAUAACCAAUACUAAAUUGAAAGCAUUUAGUGCCAUAUUGCUAUAACAUCACAGCCAGUACAUAAACCAAAGAGCUGUAGUCAACUUACACAUUAUUACCUGACAACAACAUAACCGAUAUUAAACUGAAAGCAUUUACCUCCCCAAUACCUGCACAUUUAUAUCACUACCCAACCCAAGGUGCUUAGAGAUAUCUUUUUAUACUGGAAUUUUUACUAUUCGCAGCUCUUUUAGAGGGCAUUAUUGUGACUUAUUUUUAAAGAGUUUGGAGGGGUAGAGAUUAAGGAGAUUUUUUUAGUCUUUACAGCCCCAAAGCUGGUGUAAAAUACAAUAACUUGUGUCAGAAUAACUGCAUCCUCUGAUGACUACAGACUUAUUCUUAAAGAGUUUGGAGGGGGAGAGAUUAAGGAGAUUUUUUAGUCUUUACAGCCCCAAAGCUGCAGUAAAAUACGGAAUAACCGGUGUCAGAAUAACUGCAUCCUCUGAUGACUUGAGACUUAUUCUUAAAGAGUUUGGAGGGGGAGAGAUUAAGGAGAUAUUUUAGUCUUUACAGCCCCAAAGCUGUAGUAAAAUACGGAAUAACCGGUGUCAGAAUAACUGCGUCCUCUGAUGACUUGAAACGGGGUAUAUCAAAUGGGGUGACGUCAAUUGUGGUGAAGUUUAUUUCUGGCCAAGCUUAGCCCUUGAGAGAACACAGAUAAAAAUGUGUUCAGGAGGAGGAAAUGUUGAAGUGAUUCAGUGGGAUGCUGUAAGACGGUUUUGAUUGAUUGUAAUUAAGAGAGCAGGCAACCCUAACAAAUAUUUUUGCUGGACUAUUAUAAUGCAUAGACGCGAAGAUUUCACGAUUACUUGGGACAUGUCUGCAUUUUGAUCCAGUGUCCCUCUUGUAGAUUUACACAAGUUUUUAGAUCUUUCCAAAAUUUCAUUUUCCAAAUACGGGCAAGUACGGGAAUUUAGCCGUCUAGAGGUGGCCUGUAGCUUGGCUGGCAACCGUUUUUCUCAAUGUCAUCGACAAAUGACGUCAAAUAGGGUGACACAUAGGGUGGAUAUGUAUCUGCAUGUGAUCGCAGCAUUAUGAGGCUGCCCUUAUUGUUCUUGUUCUGAAACUCUGCAGUCUUGUUGUCUAAUGGUAAUGUGAAAACGAUUGGACACUAAAGGAACAAAAACUCCGUCAAUGUGGUACAUUGCUGUUACUCCUAGAGCCGACAGCCUUGUGUUCAGUGUAUUCUACAUUGUACAAAAACCCUUGUUGUUUAUAAUGAUAGAGAAUUGCGUGUGUCCGCUAACAACGUGUGGAUCUUGUAUUCCUUGUGAAAGUUUUGCAGUUAUGACGAAUUGUGUACAAGCACUAACAAUAUAUUUUAUCCUACGAAUGGAUAUUGAAAGAGAAGAUAAUUCAGGGUUUUUUGAUAAAUCAUUUUAGUAUUGUCUCAUCGAAGUUAAUAUUGUAAUAUUUUGUGAAUUAUGUAGGCAUUAUGCCCUUGCAUUCCUGAACAAAAAGCCUAAUUACCUUUUUCAAAUCUGUAUUUUUAGUAUCAUUAGUGACGACUAUCUUAGCAUUCCUUCGUAAGUUUAAUCAGAUUUUUAUCCAGCUUUGGUCGUAACACCUCCGACCGAUAUGCACAGAACGUUAAUAUAACGUUACCAUAACGUUUAUAUAUAUAAAAUGUUAUGGUAACGUUAUAAAAUGUUCUGUUUGCUGGGAGUUGCGCACUUUGUUGCCUGAACCCUUUGCUUUGCUACUGCGCAACGAGUAGAUUAUGAAAUUGUAAAAUUCGCAAGAAUUUUAUGUGAUCAUUUGUCCCAGGGUUGCAUUUUUAUAAUUCACGUCCACAAUCACAAUCGUACCUUAUUUGAAAUUUAAUUAUGUUAGGUGCUUGAUUUUUCAACUCUUAUAAUAUACUGUGAGUGCUGUUGGUU